CGCUCAGCAGCCACUUCCUGCUGGUCGGACAACUUGCCUGUGUUGUGGUUCCUGGAGAAGGGAAGUGCGGGUCGCUCUCUGGAUGGAGCAGGUGGGAGCAGAGAACGAUGCCGAGCCGGUGGCAGGACCCGACCCGGAGCUGGCAGCUACGAUGGGCUUCUCAGGCUUCGGAAAGAAAGCUCGAACAUUUGACUUCAAUGCAAUGUUUGAACAAACUCGAAGAACUGCUGUGGAAAGAAGUAGGAAGAUCCUGGAAGAGCGUGAGAAAAAGGCAGCUGAGAAAGAAAAAGAACUUGAAAGUCGAUGUGAAGGUAUUGAUUCUUCAGCCGCAUCCUUACGCCCAGUAGUGAAAACAUCUUCUAAGGAUUCAUCUGGUAGUGAAAGUGAAGACAGCUCAGAUGAAGAACCAAUUGGCCCCCCUUUGCCACCCCAAGGGUCAGCGGAAGAUUCCGAUGAUGAACUCAUUGGCCCUCCGCUGCCUCCUGGAUAUAAGGGCAGUGAUGAGGAGGAUGACGAGGACAACAUCCUGGAAGAAGAUGAGGAUCCUGUCAAGAAGAUUCCUGACUCACAUGAAAUUACACUGCUUCAUGGGACAAAAACAGUCUCUGCUUUAGGACUGGAUCCCUCGGGUGCCCGUUUGAUAACUGGAGGCUUCGACUAUGAUGUUAGAUUUUGGGAUUUUGCUGGAAUGGAUGCGUCUCUUCAAGCUUUUCGAUCUUUGCAACCAUGUGAAUGCCACCAGAUCAAGUCUCUGCAGUACAGCAGCACAGGGGAUGUCAUUCUUGUUGUUGCGGGCAACUCCCAAGCCAAAGUCCUGGACAGAGAUGGCUUUCCUGUAAUGGAGUGUGUAAAAGGAGACCAGUACAUCGUAGACAUGGCAAACACCAAGGGACACACAGCAAUGCUGAAUUCAGGAUGUUGGCAUCCCAAAAUAAAGGAGGAAUUUUUGACAUGUUCCAAUGAUGGGACUGUGAGGACAUGGGAUGUUACCAAUGACAAAAAGCACAAAGGUGUGUUUAAACCACGGUCAGCCCAAGGUAAACGGGUAAUUCCCACAAGCUGCACCUACAGCAGAGAUGGAAAACUCAUUGCAGCUGGUUGCCAAGAUGGGUCCAUACAGAUCUGGGAUAGGAAUAUGAAUGUGCAUACCAAGUUCCACUGCAGGCAGGCACAUGCUCCAGGCAGUGACACUUCAUGCUUGACAUUUUCCUAUGAUGGUACAGUUCUUGCCAGUCGGGGAGGUGAUGAUACUUUAAAAACGUGGGACAUCAGGAAGUUUAAAACACCUCUGAAUUCAGUUGUUGGUCUACCUAGCUUCUUCCCAAUGACCGACUGCUGUUUCAGCCCAGAUGAUAAACUACUUGUUACUGGUACUUCUGUUAAGAAAGGAGUUGGAAAUGGAAAACUUCUCUUUUUUGAGCGUGAGACAUUCAAGAAAGUGUAUGAGAUAGAUGUCACAGAUGCGAGUGUUGUCCGUUGUCUCUGGCAUCCUAAACUGAAUCAAAUCAUGGUUGGUACAGGGAAUGGAUUGGCUAAAGUAUACUAUGACCCCUUCAAGAGUCAAAGGGGAGCAAAAUUGUGUGUUGUAAAGACAAAAAGAAAAGAAAGGCAAGCCGAGACCCUCACGCAGGAUUACAUUAUAACACCUCAUGCACUUCCAAUGUUUCGCGAACCACGCCAGCGGAGUACAAGAAAGCAGCUGGAAAAGGAUAGACUGGAUCCCAUGAAAUCUCACAAACCUGAACCUCCAGUCGCAGGACCAGGUCGUGGUGGUCGUGUUGGGACUCAUGGCGGGACUCUGUCUUCAUACAUAGUCAAGAAUAUUGCACUGGAUAAAACUGAUGAUAGCAACCCCCGGGAGGCCAUUUUACGGCACGCAAAGGAAGCGGAGGAGAGCCCGUACUGGGUUGCUCCAGCAUAUUCUAAGACCCAGCCAAAAGCAGUUUUUGCAGAAGUAGAAUCAGACGAAGAUGAAACAGAUGACAAGCCAGAGUGGAAAAAACGUAAAAUUUGAAGAAUUUAAAUUGGAAGAGGCUCGCAAAGGAUUUGGUUUCUUUUUCCUUAUGCAAGAGCAGAUUCCUGCAAGCAAAAUUGCUUUCGCACACAGGGCUAUUUUCACCAAUGUGAAAUACUAUAAUUGCCAUAAAGUGAAAUAGAUUUGUUUAGCAUUACAUUUGCAUUUUGUAAGGGAACUGAGUUCAUAAAUAAAAGCUUAUUUUUAAACUAUG